GCGUGUCGCCGGCUGCUCUCGCGCGCGAUCAGGGAGGGGCACGAUACGUGGUCCAUGGACUCGUGGAUGCUGGGUGGGAGCUGCCCCGGGACAUCAUCAGGACCGACGCGGGGCUCGCUGGCGAGGCCGCCUUCUGCGGGCGCGCGGGCUUGCUGGAGAUCCUGCUGCGGCUGGGAGCCCCGGCCGACGGCGAGGACGGGAGCGGCUGCAGGCCGUUGCACUACGCCGCCAUGGCGGGCAGCACGGAGGCGAUCGCGAUGCUCAGGCGCGCGGGCGUGCCGCUGGGCACCAGGACCAGGACGGGCGCCACCGCGCUGCACUUCGCCGCGGGGCGCGGCCACGUCGCUGCCAUUCGCCUGCUGGCAGGCCUCGGCGCGGCUCCCGACCCCGAGGCGGAGAACAAGGCUACGCCAGCACACUGGGCGGCCAUCUCCGGCCACGCCUCAUCCAUCCUGGCGUUGGUGGACCUCGGCGCACCGCUGACCACGCCAGCGGUGUACGGAGAGCCGAAGAGCUGGAACGCGCCGGUACACAGCGCCGCGUUCCACGGCCACGUGGCCGUGCUGGAGGUGCUGGCGCGGCACGGCGCCGCGCACACCACGAACACGCACGGCUCCACCGCGGCCCACACCGCGGUGAUUGGGGGCAGCGCCUGCAGCCUGCAGGCGCUGGUGCGGCUGGGGUGCCCCCUCGCCAGCGCCAACCUCUUCGGCUGGACCCCGUUCCACGACGCCGCGGACCGGGGGCGCGUGCCGAUGAUGCGGGCGCUGCUGCGGCUGGGGGUAGCAUCCUUCUCUUCCUUUCCUCCUCGUCCUCUCCUCCUCCUUGUCCUCCGAACGCUACGACGAGCUCGUCGCCGCUGUCUGCCCUGGGCCCACAGAGCGGCCGCCAAAGAGUGGUGGCAUAUGUUUUCAAGAUUGAGUCCUUCUCCUUCUUCUCCUCUUCGUCCAUCUUCCGACGAUCGCGUCGUCCCCUUCUCCCUCAGCCACUCCUCCCCAUUUAAACGGACGUGA